AUAAGCUGUCUUUUAAUACCUUAUUUGGUCGUCAUGCUUACCUGUAAAUCACGCCCACUUCCAGAUCAUGCGCCGUCUGAUUAAAGUAAAUACAAACCGACAGCACUGGUGUGGAGAAGGACUGCUCAACUGAAGAAUACAGUGCUAGACUGACAGCUGACUUACAGUACAAUGAUUGAGCUCUCAUCUCUCUCUGUGACCUGGACCCUGGUGGUUCUGGUCUUGACACUCCUGUUUAUUUAUGGUAUUUGGCCGCAUGGAUUUUUCAAGAAACUGGGAAUUCCAGGACCAAGGCCCUUGCCUUUCUUUGGCACAUUUCUCUCAUACACUAAAGGUUUUUACAAUUUCGACAUGGAGUGUUAUAAGAAGUAUGGAAAAGUUUGGGGGAUCUAUGAUGGAAGGCUCCCAAUAUUAAUGGUUGCUGACCUGGAAAUGAUCAAAGCAAUUAUGGUGAAAGAAUGUUAUUCUACCUUUACUAACAGAAGGGAAACAAAUGCAGACCUUGCUGGACCCUUUGCUGAUGGAAUAACUUUAGUUAAAGAUGAGAGAUGGAAGAGAAUCCGCAGUUCGCUCUCUCCGUAUUUCACAAGUGGUCGACUGAAGGAGAUUUUUCCCAUAGCUGUGACACAUGCAGAUCGUUUCAUUCAAAAUAUGCAAAAGAGAGCCCAUGACCAACCAGUUAAAAUAAAAGACAUUAUGGCUCCAUAUAGUAUGGAUGUGGUCACCAGCUCCUCCUUUAGCGUUGACAUGGACUCCAUAAACAACGCAGAUGAUCCUUUCGUUACCAACAUCAAGAAAUUUUUCACGUUCAACCUGUUCAGUCCUCUCAUUCUGAUUUUAACUUUAUUUCCCGCCCUUGCAAAUCUUUUGGGAAAACUGGGGAUAAGUCCUUUUUCAAGAUCAUCUAUACAAUUUUUCUACAGUGCCCUGAAAAAGAUUAAGGACGAUCACAACAACAAACCAGAUGGUCGGGUAGACUUUCUCAAACUCAUGAUCCAGAAUCAAAUACCUGGUGAUCAUUUUGAGGACACAGCUGAGCAACCAACAAAAGGACUGACAGACCACGAGAUUCUCUCCCAGUCCUUCGUUUUCAUUCUCGGAGGUUAUGAGACGACAAGCACCACUCUCACUUACCUCCUCUAUAAUCUUGCCACUAAUCCAGACUGCCUGAAAAAGCUGGUUGAGGAGAUUGACAAAAACUUCCCUCCUAAUACUCCCAUCACAUAUGAAGCACUGAUGAAAAUCGAUUACUUGGAAAUGGCCAUCAAUGAAUCAUUGCGCCUCUUUCCCACUGCACCACGCUUAGAGAGGCUCUCUAAGAAAACUGUGGAGAUCAAUGGGGUGACCAUACCAAAGGACACUUUGGUUGGAAUUCCUACAUAUGUUUUGAAUCGUGACCCACAGCUUUGGGACUCUCCAGAGGAGUUCAGACCAGAGAGGUUCAGCCCAGAAAGUAAGUCUGAGAUUAACCAGUACGCUUUCAUGCCUUUUGGACUCGGGCCUCGAAAUUGCAUUGGAAUGAGAUUCGCCCAAAUGAUCAUGAAGCUUCUUGUUGUGAAGCUGCUUCAGAACUUCACUGUGGAAACAUGUAAAGAGACACAGAUCCCUCUAGAGCUGAAUGCUAUUUUUCAGCCGAAGGCUCCCAUCACACUGAAGUUUACACCAAGGUCUCGCUAGGCAAACGGAUAAUUAAAAUGUAGAACAUUUCCAUAUAAUUGAGUUUUUUAUAUAUAUACUAUGUUAU